UCAUUCUAACAAGAUGAUCUUGAAGUCAGUUUAUUUCUUCCUUUCACUGGUCGUGGUAGAAAGUUCUCUCAUUGAGUGGACUGAUGGCAACUUUUCUACUGGUGAUCAAACUUCGUCAAUCGUUGCCGAACUAAAUGACGUCAACGUGUUAGUCUUUGGAUCGGAAGCCAAAAGUGCACCACAAUCCUGCAGCGAUGUUCCAUACCGUCGAUCCGGCAUUCAUCGCAUUCAACCGCAGUUCGGUUUCAAUGAUCAUUUUCUGGCUUUAUGUGAUCAAGAAUACUCCGCAGGAGGCUGGACCGUAAUUCAGAACCGAUUCGAUGGAUCGGUGAACUUCUACCGUAGCUGGAGCGAGUACGAAAACGGUUUCGGGGACCUUCGGGCAGAAUUUUGGCUGGGAUUGAAACGUAUCCACGAAUUGACCUACACACGGCGGCAUGAGUUGCACAUUCUUCUACAAGAUUUCGACGGAAGGACGGUAGUUGCUCAGUAUAGUGACUUUUCGGUGGCAGGACCUGCGGAGAAAUACAAAGUUAACAGCGUGGGAACGUACAAAGGGGAUGCUGGCGACUCCUUCAGCAUCGUGGUGAAUCAAACCUUUUCAACCUUGGAUGCCGAUAAUGAUUCACUUCCAACGGACAACUGUGCUGUUAUGUACAAAAGCGGUUGGUGGCACAAGGCCUGUCAUCUCAGCAAUCUCAACGGUCUAUACCUGCCAGGAGCAAGGAAAGAAUAUGCUACGAUGCUGUGCUGGGAAUCCUUCCGAGGAUACAACUAUGGCCUGAAACGGUCGCGAAUGAUGAUUCGCCCGGCCAGUUAGUUCAUACCCUUCUAUGGCAACUAGUGGAAUUGUAGUU